UUUUAUUUUUGUUUGAUGAACAUAACCUCUUGUAAUAUAACCUCAAAAAGGAAAUAUUAGUAGAUAUUAUUUUGUUGAAUUCUUGUAAGUUUUUGUGUAAUACACGAUGAUUUUAAGAAGUGUCGGACUGAGAAGUAUCUCUAAGGGGCCUUCUUUAAUUAGGUCAAUUUUAAUUGACUUAAAACAUUUCAGCACUGAUAACAUUUAAAGGUCUCAUUAUGAUAUAAUUAUUGUUGGAGGAGGAAUGGUCGGUACUACUUUGGCUUGUGCUUUAGGGAAAAACACCAAACUUGCUAACAAGACCAUACUCUUGUUAGAAGGUAGCAAACAGUUUCAGUGGGAGCCAAAAGAACAAUACAGUAAUAGGGUAGUUGCAUUAAAUUUAAAUACUAAAUCUCUUUUAAGUAGUAUUGGGGCGUGGAAUCAUAUUGCAGCUGUAAGAUAUGGUUCGGUUAAAAGUAUGCAAGUAUGGGAUGCAGUUUCUGAUGCUAUGAUUCAAUUUAAUCAAGAUGAUUACUUAGAUAAUGUAGCUUAUAUUGUUGAAAAUGAUUUAUUACUGCACUCAGUUAACAGAGAACUCGCUCAUGUUCAAAAUGUGAAUGUUCUUUAUCAAGCCAUAGUAGACUCUCUUAAGUUACCUGAUGUAAAUAGUGAUACAUCAAAAGUGUUGUUAGAAAAUGGAAAAUCCUUUACUUGCGAUUUGCUGCUUGGUUGCGAUGGAGCAAAUUCAAAAGUGAGAAAGACGAUGGGUGUCCAGUAUUUAUCCUGGAACUACAAUCAGAUGGCAGUUGUAGCUACUCUGAAAUUGGCUGAGAAUGUAGAUGAUGACCACAAUACAGUAGCCUGGCAGAGAUUUUUACCGGAUGGCCCCAUCGCCCUUUUACCGCUGCGAAAAAAUUUGAGUUCCUUGGUAUGGACCACGACUCCCAACAAUGCUAAAACGCUUCUUUCUCUUCCAGAAGAACAAUUUGUUGAUGAAGUUAAUUCAGCAAUCUGGAAAGAAUACCCUAAGCGAAGUAUUGUAAGCGAUGUAAUGAAAGGUUUCGAUAGGUUCUUGGAAAUUCUCCGUUUACCCUCAAACGCUGUGCGACAGCUGCCCCCUAACGUGUCAGGUAUCGAAGAGGGUAGCAGGGCAGCCUUCCCUUUAGGAUUUGGCCAUGCCACUAAAUAUUUUAAGCCGGGCGUAGCACUGGUUGGUGAUGCCGCACACCGAGUUCAUCCCCUGGCAGGGCAGGGGGUUAAUUUAGGAUUCGGAGACGUCUCUUGUUUGAAUGAAAUUUUAGGGGAUGCCAUAUAUUGUGGCAGUGUAAUAGAGGAUGUUGAUAAUUUACGUAAAUAUGAAACCGAAAGACAGCGGCACAACAUCCCCACAAUGUUGGCUAUAGAUGGCAUUCAGAAAUUGUACAAUACCAAUUUAACCCCUGUCGUACUUUUGAGGAGUGUAGGAUUGCAAUUUACCAACGCCCUUUAUCCCUUGAAGGUAACAAAAAAAUUGUAUUUUAUAAAUGUGUAUUGGUAUCCGUCAAAUAGGGGUAUUUGAACCAUAUGGUGGCAAAACAUGUAACGUGAAUGAGGAAAUUCGAGCUCAAGAGCGGCUUGCCGUGAAACUUUAUUAAUUUUCAAUUCGAAAAUGUGGCUUCUGCGAUUAUUAGGUACUGUUGUUGAACCCAUCGCUAACCCAUUCAAUAUAUAAAUUCGAUUUAGCCAAUUCAUAAUGUAAAGUCCUUACUCGAAUCUCCAGUUAGAGAAAUUUUCAAGUUAGAUAAAUGAAGAAAUUCUAGAUGAAAGAGUUUAGAAUAAAUGUAAAACAGUAGGUUUAUUUUUUUUUGAAAGGUUUCUGUCAGCCCAACGACAUAUUACACCAAUAUUAAUAACUUUAUAUCGAUUUAAAAAUCCACAAUUGUAGUAGGUACUCUAUAAAGACUAUAAAGAAAUUACCAUCAUUUGUCGCAUGUUUUUAAGCCUCUUACCAUUUGACGGAUUCCAAUAAACAAAAGUUCAAUUAUUUGUAAUAUUGCCGCUUGGUUCAAAUUUAGUAGGUACAUACCUAACAACUUCAGGCACAAAACAUUUUCAUAACUAAAACAGUAUCACAGUAGUGAUUAGCAAAAAUGUUUCUUAUUAAUUGUAAAGUAUACUUCUAGUUCUACUACCUUUAUUUUUGAGGAUGUUCACAUCUUCUAAAUUUGUUG